AUGACCAUGUCUACGAAUGACUAGAUGCUGACUCAGUUGACUUGGUCAGACUUGAAGCUAGUCCUCGUUUGUGAAAAAAAACAUGCCUUUCUGCCUCUAGGAAACAGGCCGUAUCGGGUUCAUAUUGACUCAAAUCCGGACCAGUCAAAGCUCACAGUAUUCUUAAAACCUUUUACUAUGUCUGCUUUGCUCUUUUAUCCUUUUUGUGGCUGUGAUACCAGAAAAAGUUACAGCUUUGAAUCUAAUGUCCGGCUCAUUACCUUUGUCUACCAUUUGACUUUGAAAUUUUACUCGAUGGAACGUCAAAAUACUGGGAGCUAAUGCUUUAUACUCCUCUCGUUUCACCUUCUAUGUAGUGUAUCAUUUCUUGGUGCUUUCAGUAUGACUCAAAGGCAGUGGUGGGAGGACAAAAUGAUCAGAAAUAACGCAUCCGUUCAAUUUAUUCUUGCCUUUGACUUUUAAACUUCUAGGGCCCACACGAGCCUCACCCAUUCGUUCCUUAGAUCCCAAUCGAUCCCCAUAUAGUUGACGCGUUCAACUGCUGCCAACCGAGCAAUUCACAUCUUCUCCCGCCGCCCCUCUUUCUUUUCUCCUCUGUCUACUCUCCUAGCUUCCUCUCUCUUUCUCUCUCUCUACUCCUCUCUUCUCCACCCUUCUCUCUCUCUCUCUCUCUCUCUCUCUCGCUGCUCCCCUCUUCUCCCUCCCUUCUCUCUGUCUCCUCUCUCUCUCUCUCUCUCUCUCUCUCUCUCUCUCUCUCACUCUCUGCUCCCCUCUUCUCCCCCCUUCUCUCUCCCCCAGCCCCCCAACACCCCCCCACCGCAGGUCACUCGCUCUCUCUUCUAUCAGUUUCCAUACAAGAGGAGGGGGAACUGUUUGUUGCGGGCUUCGGGCUCCUCUCCAAUUCUGGCAACCUUCUAUGUCGAGUGAUGCCGCAGAUUAAGGGAGGAAGACAGGCGCUCUCGAAUCAUCCUCGGGGCUUCAGAAGUGUCAUGUCGUGAGCAAGGAACAGAGGUGCACGGCUCUAGUCGAAGAGCAAAGUUGUUGACCAGAUCUGGUAUGCAAAGUCCUUUGUCCUUUGUAAGUCGUAGUAAUGCAGAGGAGAGAAAUCCCACGUGAGAUAGAGAGAGAGAAAAGUCUCACGAGAGAGAGAGAGAGAGACAUAGAGAGAAAGGAGAGAUCUCACAAGAGACGGAGAGAGAAGAGAGGUCUCAUGAGAGAGGGAGAGAGAGAAAUAAGAUGAAAAUGAAGAAAGAGAGAAAUACGGUCAACCCAUUUUCUUGGACGAAUGUGUGCUCGAGGAUUCACACACAUGAUAUGAGCUCAGCCGUGAAUGUCUCCAACUUGUUUUAA